UCAGUCCAUAAAACUUGGUUCCAAACUUUUACGGCUCAUCCCUGUACCCAUUUGUAAAAUCCAGUCUCCAUCUCACACAAAACCAUCUUGUGAGCAGUUUUUUCCCCAUUGUGACAAAAUAUCAAAACGGGUAUUGUGUUGAUAAUUGGCUUUUGCACAUUUCCACAUUUCACAAUUAAAAUUAUUAUUUUAUUUUUUUGGGGGGGUAAAGGCUCAAAACGACAGUUGUCUAGUUGUAUUACCUUGUUCCAUUUAUUGAACUAAGAAAGCUUCCAAUUACCACCGUCGCUUUAGGUUUGAGCGUCUCCCGUUCGUUUCCGGAGAAUCCCGAACACAUCCGAACACUUCCUCCUACCAUCCUCCCCUUCACGGUUAAUGUUGCCGUACCUCCAUCCCUCCCCCCGCAUCAGAGUUGAAACAACAAGCCGCCAUUUUGUUUGUUCGGACUGACCGUCCGAGCGGAGGAGAUAACCGAGGGAAGGAGUGACUCUUGGCGACCGGUGACAGCCGCUCUGACAACCUCCGGCUGGAUAAAACAACCUGGCCAGAUCCCGUCCGUGUUACAAAGAGAGAAAAAGACCGGGAAAGAGAAGGCGGCUGUGGCGAGGAAGCGGGAGUCGGUGAUAUUUAUAUAUAUAUUUAUAUAUGAGAAGGAAAUACUCUGUGAAGAAAAAUCCAAGGCAGAGGGGGUGGGGGGUGUUUCGCGCAGCGGAGACGCGGAAGAGGGCUUCAUAACAUAACGUACGAGGGAAUUUGCGUCAAACGGGUGCAGAGAAACAUGAAACAUAAUAAUGCGUGCGUCGCGCAGGAACGAAAGAGUCCACAUAGACAAUUAUAUAAGUAAAUUGCUGCCGGGCAGAAGGGAAAGGUGGAAAAGAAAGACGGGUUUAAAGACAGGAGACAGAGUCGGGAUCAACGCGAAAGGGGGUGUUCUCCACCACAAAGAGUCAAUGAGAGGUUUUACUAAGCCCCGAGUAUUUUAAAGGGGGUUGCGGGGGUCAAUUAUUGUUGUGCCGAUGCGGACGUGUUUGCUUCAGAAAUAGCCAUAAUUUCAUCUGUGAGCCAACGUCCAUGUUUGUCACAAUACCUUCCGCCGGCUUCACAUUUUUCAAUAAAAUCUAUUUUCCCCUUCUUGUGAACAGGCGAAUAUAUCACCGAGAGCAGUGAGGUGUAAGGUAGGCUUCUCCGGUCUUGCUUGCAAGCGUUUUAAGGAGAGUUAAGGGAAGAUGCUCAUCUGGAGCACAGAUAAGUGAUCGUCUGUAAAAUCAAACGAGGCUUAUUGGAUCAAUCUGACCGGCCGCCGAUUGCCAAUUAGCACCUCGGUUGCCCACCAGAACUGUGCUAGCCACGAAUAAAGUCUGCUUCAGAAUCGCUUGAACCGUUUGUGAUUUUUGACAAGUUUCUUUGGUCUCGUUGCCUCGCCGGCAUGCUGCAGUAGGCACGAUCUCUCGCAGAUGUGCAAUAUGAGCCCGUUCUCGUGGACCCAGUGCCUUGCAUGAUUCAAACACUCAAGUGCACCGAUCAAUCUCACGCAUGAGCAUUUUAGUUUUCUCUGAGCAGACACUAUUCUUAUAAGUCCCUGUGCAGCAUUUUCUAUUUCUCCUUCCACGGGAGCAGUACUUAAACCAUUCCGCAACGCACCGGUUAAUUGCCUUUUAAGAUCUCGAAAUCUGCAGAGAUGUAUGUCCGUCUGAGGGAAAUUGGCAACGCAACCGAGGGUUCUCCCUGUGUCGUGUGAGAAAAGCACCGCCCGCAAAAGUGGUUAUUGGGAUUCCCUUUGGACGUCGCGCCGGAGCGUUUCGGACCGAACGACCGAAUUUCCCCGCCGACAAUGGCGGAUAAGACCGAGCAAGCCACGGAAGACGGAUCCCGGGACAAUUAUCGUGUCGCAGUACAAGCUACAUGAGGUUGUCAGUGGGCCGCACGUCGACUCCACCUUCCCACCUCCUUCUGUUCAAAUCUGCGAAGAAACAAACUCUCCGCCAGGGGAGGGGGGCUGAUCUCUGCACACUGGAAUAAACCGAGACGGAGAGCGGUGGAACACUUCAACAUAGCCGUCUUCUCCCCUCCCGUCCCCCAAGCGGUGGGGGGACGAUCAGAAGCAUUUCGGAUUAGAAAGCACAAAUAAGGGAACACGUUGACCUCUGUGGAUCUAAAACUUUUUUUCCCCUUUUUGAAUUUGUCAAAAAUAUGGCCGAUAAUGUCCUGGAGUCCGGCCCGCCUUCAGCAAAGAGGCCAAAGCUGUCCUCUCCAGCGCUCUCCGUGUCUGCAAGUGAUGGAAACGAUUUUGGUUCACUCUUUGACCUCGAGCAUGACCUCCCAGACGAACUCAUCAGCUCGUCAGACCUGGGGCUGACCAAUGGAGGGGACAUCAACCAACUCCAUACUAGUCUCGGCGGAAUUGGGGUGGGAGGCCAGGAUGCUGCUGCAAAACACAAACAGUUGUCUGAACUUUUGCGUACUGGCGGACCAUCGCAGCAAGGCGGCCCCACUUCCAACAGUACCGGACCAGGGGCUUCCAUGGGCAGACUGGGAGGUGUCAGCAUCUCCCCUGGUGCACCUCAGGGCAUGCCUCCCCAGGGCCAGCAGCAACAAACCGGACUAAUGCAGCAAGUUGGGAUGGUCGGAGGGGUGGCAUCGCUGAAUCGGGCAACUGCUAUGAUGGGUGCCCAGAGAGCCAGCAAUGGACAGCAACAGCAAGGCCUGAUGGCGGGUCACGUGAUGAACGGCUCGUCAAGAAUGGGUUACCCCGCCAGUGCAGGCAUGGGUAACAGCAGUAAUCUUUUAGCCGAAACGCUACAGCAGCAGCAGCAGGCCGCUCAGCAAAUGGGUGCCGGUGGUCAGCCAGGGAUACGACCGCAGCAAGCGGGAGCACUGAACAAGAUGAACAUGAUUGCCAAUGCGGGCCCCUAUGGUGGUCCGUUUGGUCAGUCUGCUGGCCAGGGCCUGCCUGGAGCAGGGCUGAGCCCACAACUCCAGAAUAAGGCCGCAAUGGCCAACAAUAUGGCCAGCCAGUUGAACAUGGAAAAGAAGGUGCCGACGGGUCAAGGCAUGCCUGGAAUGAUGCCUCAGCAGCAGCAGCAGCAGCAGCAGCAACCCCCAGGCAUCGGCGGAGCUGCUGCGGCGGCGGCGGGAGCAGCUCAGGUGGGACUGGGCGCCGCGGGGGCUGGUCCCUGCACGGCGCCCCCUACAGCAGACCCGGAGAAGCGGAAGCUUAUUCAACAGCAGCUGGUCCUCCUGCUCCACGCGCACAAGUGCCAGCGAAGGGAGCAAGCCAAUGGGGAAGUGAGGCAGUGCAACCUUCCUCACUGUCGCACCAUGAAGAACGUCCUCAACCACAUGACUCAUUGCCAAGCUGGCAAAUCCUGCCAGGUGGCGCAUUGUGCCUCAUCGAGACAGAUCAUCUCGCAUUGGAAGAAUUGCACGAGACAUGACUGUCCUGUGUGCCUGCCUUUGAAAAACGCCGGAGACAAGAGGAACCAGCAAUCUCUUGUCAGUAGUGCGGGGCUGGCUUUGGUGAACUCUUUAGGUUCAGGAGUACCGGGUGGCCAGUCCAAUACUCCAAAUCUGAACCCACCAAAUCAAAUCGACCCCAGCUCCAUCGAGAGGGCCUACGCCGCGCUUGGUCUGACCUACCAGGGCAACCAGAUGCAACCGCAGCCGCCCCAGGCCAACAUGCCGAACCAGGGGAUGCAGGGGCAAGCCGCCAUGCGGAAUCUGAAUGUCAUGGGAGGAAACUCGAUGGGAGUGAAUGGUGGAGUGCAGCCCCCCAACCAUCAGGCGUCCCUGCUACCAGAUGCUAUGUUGCAAAAUAGUCUAAACGCGCAGAGUUUGGUCAACGAUGGUGUGGGGAACUUGGGAUCCAUGCCCACUGCAGCUCCUCCCUCGGCAGCCAUGAGGAAGUCUUGGCAUGAAGACAUCACGCAAGACCUGCGCAACCACCUCGUGCACAAGCUUGUGCAAGCCAUCUUUCCCACUCCUGACCCAGCUGCUCUGAAGGACCGGCGAAUGGAAAAUCUGGUGGCGUACGCUCGAAAAGUAGAGGGGGACAUGUAUGAGUCGGCCAACAGUCGGGCGGAGUACUACCACCUUCUGGCAGAAAAGAUCUACAAGAUCCAAAAGGAGCUUGAGGAGAAGAGGAGGACGCGUCUCCAAAAGCAGGGAAUGAUGCCGGGGCAACCUGGCUUGGCGUCUUCGGGCUUGGCGUCCUCGGCUUUGGCCUCUUCGGGCUUCCCGCAGGGGCCACUCGGCCUGGGUCAGCCCCCCAUGGCCCCGGGGCAACCUCCAAAUGGUCCUCACGCUGAUCCGUCCAUGAUCCGAGCCGGAGGACCAAAUCAGAUGGCCAAUAGGAUGCAGAGCCCAGCAGGAAUGAACCAGUUUGGCUCGAUGGGGAUGCAGUCAAUGGGUCAAAGGUCGACACCUCCGCUUUCACUCAGUGCUCCGAUGAACCAGAUGGCUAUGGGGUCAGCAAGGAUGGGUCAACCAAAUGCCACACAGCUACAGAACCAGUACCUCCCACCAGGCCAAUUUCCCGGGACCAGUCCAGGUCUUGGUUCUGGUCCCGUUGGUGUGAACCAGCCAGGAUCACAGGCUUCUGUGCCGCUGCAGAACCAGAUGUCAACCCCACCGUCACUACCAGCCGGCAGCCCUUCGGCUCAGUCCGCCACCCCCGCCCCGAGCUCGGCGGCCUCCUGUGGCCCAAUGGGAACGAGCGGUGUCUGCGGUACAGGCCCGCUGCCCAACUUGCCUCCGUCCUCCGCGUCCAACCAGCCCAACGCAUUUCCUCACUGCCCGCCCAUGCGAACAAACUCUCCUUCACCAGCACGCAGCUUAACGCCUCAACCUCAUCAGACAACUCCCGCGUUACCUCGUUCUCAGACGCCGCGCCCGCCCACCCCCAGCACGCCCCAGCUGCCUCCUCAGAAUCAACAGCAAGCGUCUCAGCCGCAGCAACACCCGUCGGGGCAGGUGGGGAGCUCCGAGAAGGCUCAUCAGCUUCCGCCGCAGACUCUUGGGGGUGCCGCUACCUCAGCCCCCCAGCCAGCUCAGGCUUCUUUGGUGCCUAUUCAAAAUGCACACGUGCCACUACAGCUGCCACCAACUCCACAGCUGUCUCCUAAGCUUCCUGUCACAACGGAUGGUCAGGUGUCUUCACCAGCCUCGGUCAGCAGCAGCACUGAUCCAAGUUCCCAGCUCGCCCCGCAGGAAGGUCCCGCUCCCGUCCAAGAGGAUAUCAAAAUGGAUCUGAAAAAACAGGAAGAAGAAGAGGAAGAAGGAGAUGAAACCCAAGGAGACGGCAAAUCUCUGGGGAAGACGGGCAAAGUCGAGCCUGACGAUAAAGCCGAGGAGAAGCUCGAGAUCAAGAAAGAGAACUCCUCCCAAGACGGAUGCAAAGCAGAGGCCAUGGAGACCUCGUCAUCCUCUGCGUCUUCGUCGGUGGAAAUUGGAGAAGAUAAGAAGCCGGAGGUGAAAAAAGAGCCCAAAGAGCAAGACGAGGCAUCUGCGGGCUCCCCGGCCAGCACUCAGAGCAAGAAGAAAAUUUUCAAGCCUGAGGAGCUGCGUCAGGCUCUGAUGCCCACCUUGGAGGCUUUGUACCGGCAGGACCCCGAGUCCCUCCCCUUCCGUCAGCCGGUGGACCCCCAGUUACUGGGAAUACCCGUACGUAUUCGAACUAGUAACAAAACUAACCUGGAUUACUUUGACAUCGUGAAGAACCCCAUGGACCUGUCAACCAUCAAGCGCAAACUGGACACCGGACAGUACCAAGAGCCGUGGCAGUACGUGGAAGAUAUCUGGCUGAUGUUCAACAAUGCCUGGUUGUACAACCGCAAGACCUCCCGCGUCUACAAGUACUGCUCCAAACUGGCUGAGGUGUUUGAGACCGAGAUCGAUCCCGUCAUGCAGAGCCUCGGAUAUUGCUGUGGAAGGAAGUUUGAGUUUUCCCCCCAAACGCUGUGCUGCUACGGAAAACAGUUAUGCACGAUCCAACGCGAUGCUGCUUAUUUUAGCUACCAGAACAGUUCACCAAAAUAUGGGCUUCUUGCUGACAGGUACCACUUCUGUGAGAAGUGUUUCAACGAAAUCCAGGGCGAGAGUGUCUCCCUGGGCGACGACCCCUCCCAGCCCCAGACGUCCAUCAACAAAGACCAAUUCCAGCGAAAGAAGAAUGACACUCUUGACCCCGAGUUGCUUGUGGAAUGCGGCGACUGCGGUCGUAAAAUGCACCAGAUCUGCGUCCUGCAUAAUGAAACCAUUUGGCCUUCAGGAUUUGUCUGCGACAACUGCCUCAAGAUGGCCAAUAAGACACGGAAAGAGAACAAAUAUGCAGCUAAAAGGCUUCCUCAGACCAAGCUGGGGAGCUAUUUGGAGUCGCGAGUCAAUGACUACAUCAAACGGCAGAACCACCCUGAGGCCGGCGAGGUCACCAUCCGUGUGGUCCACGUCUCCGACAAGGUGGUGGAGGUCAAACCGGGCAUGAAGUCCAGGUUUGUGGACAGCGGGGAGAUGUCAGAGUCUUUCCCGUACAGGAUGAAAGCCUUAUUUGCAUUCGAGGACGUCGACGGAGCGGAUGUGUGUUUUUUCGGAAUGCAUGUCCAAGAGUACGGCUCUGACUGCCCACCUCCCAACCAGAGACGAGUGUAUAUCUCCUACCUGGACAGCGUUCACUUUUUCAAACCCCGACACCUCAGGACCGCCGUCUAUCAUGAGAUCUUGCUUGGUUACCUGGAAUAUGCAAAGAGGCUCGGGUUUACAACAGGCCAUAUAUGGGCGUGUCCUCCAAGCGAGGGCGAUGAUUACAUCUUCCAUUGCCACCCACCGGACCAGAAGAUCCCCAAACCAAAAAGGCUGCAGGAGUGGUACAAGAGGAUGCUGGACAAGGCGGUGUCCGAGCGCAUAGUUCACGACUACAAGGACAUCUUUAAACAGGCAACGGAGGACCGCCUGACCAGCGCCAAGGAGCUGCCGUACUUCGAGGGGGACUUCUGGCCCAACGUCCUGGAGGAGAGUAUCAAAGAGCUGGAGCAGGAGGAGGAGGAAAGGAAGAGGGAGGAGAACAGUACCUGCAACGAGAGUACCGACGCCACGAAAGGCGACAGCAAGAACGCCAAAAAGAAGAACAAUAAAAAGACGAGCAAGAACAAGAGCAGCAUGAGCCGAGCCAACAAGAAGAAGCCGGGAAUGCCCAACGUGUCCAACGACCUGUCCCAGAAACUCUACGCCACCAUGGAGAAACAUAAGGAGGUCUUCUUCGUCAUCCGGCUCAUCGCCGGCCCGACGGCCAACUCGCUGCCCCCCAUCACGGACCCCGACCCCCUGAUGGCCUGCGACCUGAUGGACGGCCGCGACGCCUUCCUGACGCUGGCGAGGGACAAGCAUCUGGAGUUCAGUUCUCUCAGGCGAUCCAUGUGGAGUUCCAUGUGUAUGUUGGUGGAGCUCCACAACCAGAGCCAGGACCGUUUCGUCUACACUUGCAACGAGUGUAAACACCACGUGGAGACGCGCUUCCACUGCACCGUUUGUGAGGACUAUGACUUGUGCAUCACCUGCUAUAACGUCAAAGGCCACGAGCACAAAAUGGACAAGCUGGGACUCGGACUGGAUGACGACAGCAACAACCAGGCGGCGGCGUCCACCCAGAGUCCGGGAGACUCUCGGCGCCUGAGCAUCCAGCGCUGCAUCCAGUCGCUGGUCCACGCGUGCCAGUGCCGCAACGCCAACUGCUCGCUGCCGUCGUGCCAGAAGAUGAAACGUGUGGUUCAGCACACCAAAAGCUGCAAGCGCAAGACCAACGGCGGCUGUCCCAUUUGCAAACAGCUCAUCGCGCUGUGCUGCUACCACGCCAAACACUGCCAGGAGAACAAAUGUCCCGUGCCCUUCUGCCUCAACAUCAAGCAAAAGCUGCGGCAGCAGCAACUCCAGCAUCGGCUCCAACAGGCGCAGAUGUUAAGGCGCAGGAUGGCCAGCAUGCAGAGGGCGGGGCAGCCCGCCGGGGGUCAACCGGGAGGGCCCGCCAUGGGACUGCCGUCGCCGGGCGCCAAUGGCGUCGCCGCGCCCACUACGCCCACAUCCGUCGGGACUCAACCUCCGACUCCUCAGACGCCAACUCCGACCGCGCCCGCCGUCCCGCAACCGGGAUCGGCUCAACAAGUUCCUCAAGCGGGCGCCGUGCCGCCGCAGCACCACCAGUUUCAGCAGAUGCCCGGUGGAGGAGGCGCCGGGGGCGUAAUGAACUCCCCCCAACAUCAGCACCAGAUGGCGCAGCAGCAAAGCGCAGCAGGAAGCAACCAUCAGCAACUCCACCAGCACCCCGCUAACAUGCCCGCGUUUGCGAGCAGGCCGCCCGGCUCUUCCCCGAUCCACCAAUCCCAGGGAAAACCAACUCUGGGAUCGGCGACCCCGCCUCGGCAACAACCCAAUUGCCCCGUCAUGGGUGGAAAUAUCGGGGGUCAACCUCCCAACCAGCCCCAAGGCCAACCCGCCCUUCCACAGCAGCAGCCUUCCGGCCCUCCGCCGGCCGCGGUCGAAAUCGCGAUGAAGAUCCAGAGGGUGGCCGACGCCCAGAGGAAGAUGGCGCUCCAGAGACAGGCGGCCGCGGGCCUGCUGCCCCCUCACCCCCAUCAUCAACAGGGGCAAGGUCAGCAGAUGGCUAUGGGGCACCCGGGGACCGGAGGGGCGGUGGGACCCCAGGGCAUGCCGCCACCAAACCAAGCUGCAAUGCAAUCAGCUCGGGCUCACAUGGAGCAGCAGCAGCAGCAGCAGCAGCAGAACGCUGCGGCGGGGAUGAUGGUUGGCGCCGGCGGGCCCAUGCUACAGCAUCAGCAACAGCAACAGCAAGGGAACAUUCCACAGGGACAGAUCCCGUCUCAAGUUCAACUUCAACAGCAGAGGAUGGGCGCCCCGCUUCAAAACCCGCAGCAACAGCAGUGGGCGGGCCAGGGCGUUGCACCCCAGCAAAGGCAGACCAUGAUGAACCAAAUGGGCCAUCAGGUGUUGAUGGUAGCACAGCAGCAGCAACAACAACAACAACAACAACAACAACAAAUGCAGCAGCAGCAACAGCAAGCUCAGAGCCAUACCGCCAUGAUGACUAUGGCGCAGCAGCAACAACAACAACAACAACAACAACAACAGCAGCAGCAGCCACAAGGUGUCGCUGGUGCAGUGCUUCCAGGAGCCGCCGGUGCAGGUAGUAACAUCACCCAGGCCGCCCUGCAGGAUCUUUUACGCACUCUGCGCUCGCCCAGCUCGCCGCUCCAGCAGCAGCAAGUCCUCAACAUCCUGCGCUCCAAUCCCCAACUCAUGGCCGCGUUUAUCAAACAGAGGGCCUCAAAGUACAAGGGAGGUCCCGGAGCCACCGGCGGGCCUGUCGGGAAUGUUAUGGCGGGCGGUGGGCCACAGGUGAACAUGAACGCAGCCGGCGCGGGCCAGUCGGCGAUGCACAUGGGAAGCCAAGGAGGGGCGAACAUGGCCGCCAUGGCUCAGCUGCAGCAACAACAGAUGCAACAGCAGCAAAUUCAACAACAGAGACCGCUGCUAGGCGGCUUACAGCAGCAGCAAGUUGCAGCUCUCCAGCAGCAGCAGCAGCAGCAGCAGCAAGCCGGCGGAAGAGGACUGCAGGGGCAGGGGUCGCAAAUGGCCAAUCUGAACAAUCCCCAAUUUCGAGAGCUGCUCAUGAGGAGACAUCUUCAGCAGCAGCAGCAGCAACAGCAGCAACAGCAAAUGGGCCUCAAUCACGGUCAGUUUCAGCAGCCCCAACCUCCCCAGGGCCAGGGUUACAUGGGCCAGCCUGGGAUGCAGCCACCCCCAGUGGGACAGGGCCCCCCGGGAGGUCCUCAGCAACCUGGGGGUCCCCUCGGCCAGCAGGGUCCGGGUUACCCCGGCUCGGCCCAGCAACAGGUCGCGGCCGCGCUCCAGCAGCGGCUCCAGCACCAACACCACCUUCAGAUGCAGCAGCAGCAGCAGAACGCCAUGGCCGGCCUACCCGGGGGCGAUUCGGGGUCCGGCGGCGGCGGUGGUGGCGUGGGACCGCCGCAGGCGCCCCAGGGCCCUCAGACCAGCCAAAACGGGCCCCCGCCUUCUCAGGCCCUCCUUCAGCAGGCCCUCCACCAGAGACUGCUGCAACAGCAGCAGCAACAUCUCGGCGCCGGGGGCUCGCCGGCGCAGCACAGCAAUCCCAUGAGCCCGCAGCAGCCCCCCCAGAUGGCCCAGUCUCCCCACCCCCACUUGCAAGGCCAGACGCUGCCCACCUCCCUGGCCAACCAGGUGCGCUCCCCCCAGCCUUCCCCCAGACCCCAGUCGCAGCCGCCGCACUCGAGCCCGUCGCCGCGCAUGCAGCCGCAGCCGUCCCCUCAUCACAUAUCGCCCCAGAUGCAGACGGGCUCCCCCCACCCGGGCCAUCUCAACCAGCACCACCCAGGCAUGGUGGUCCCACAGCAGCAGCAGCAGCAGCAGCCGCCUUCGUCCCAGCAGCAGCAGCAGCAACAGAGCUCCCUGGAACAGUUUGGCUCGGAGCAGAGUGCCAUGUUAUCGCAGCUGAGUGGCAUGGCGGCUCUGCAUGGGCAGGGGGGCAACGGCCAGGACCCGCUGGGCCAGAACAUCACUCACAACCCUUUAGACAUCAUGUAGGAAUUCGACUUCAUGUGUCAUGUUGAGCUUGGGAAAAACAAAAAACAAAACAAAAGCUCUGAUCCUUCGCACAAACUGCACUCAUCCAGGACAGUGUUAUGUUUAUGUAUCGUUAUUACUUAGCCUCUUUUUUUUUAAAAAAAAAAACAAAAACUUAUUCAACGUUAUUUAAAAUGUUUUCAUUAAAGAUGCUUUGAACUGAACUUUCUACGGGAGAUGAACAAUAAAUCAAGCAGUCAUUAAAUAAAUUAGAAGAAAUGAAUUGUAAGUUAUUGCUGUUUAAUAUAUUUUUUCGCCAAUUAUGGACAAAGGGGAUGGGGGGGCGCAGUAUGCGAAAGGUAAUAUUUUUGGAGGGUUAAGGGGAGAAAAUGCCUUUUUAAGAAAUGAUUUUAAGUAUUCAAGAAGUGGAAUAAUGCAAAUAACCUUUUUUUAAAAAAUUAUUGUUAUUGAAUUGUUUCCCGCCAUUCAGUCUGUUUUGGGGUUUUGCAGCGUGAAAGUGGUAUUAUUAUUAUUCAUGUCAAUCCAAAUAUGAUGCAUAUCUUCCUUUUUAUGUUUGGCUUUGCUUUAUUUAUUGUCUUUUUUUUUUUUUAAGGUGGGGGUGUUAUGUACCUUGAGACUGCGCUACAUUUCCUACAGAAAUCUAUUUUUGUUAUCGAAAGGGGUUUGUGGAUAUUUUUGUUUCACUUUUCGUGUCUUUAGUUGUAUGUGUGCGUUUGAGUGUCUGGCCGGCGGGGGUGGGGGUCGGGGGGGGGAUCAUAUGUCAGUGUUUUCUUGCAGUUUGUCUGCUGUGAGUUUGACAUGUCGAGAGGACACGUUGCCGUUGUCCCCGCCAGCCUCUGUAACCGCUAUUUGCCACGCUGGAAGGGAGCGUUCCCUCGCAAACGAGCAGACCCUCUCCCUCGAAUGUGUGUGCACUCCUUCCUUAAAAGACACUCGUGGAGCAUGGGAGAAUUGGGGAGGGGGGGCUGCGUUACCUGUGUGCCUGUAAUCUUUUGAGUACAUCGGCUGGGAUGUGAAACAUGAGCAUGAUGGGCUCCUUGUAUUGUUUGGUUUUUGGGGGCGGGUGGGGUGUGUUGGGGGGGGGGUUGUUUAUUACAAUUCUCCUUUUUGGAUUCAAAAGGAGAAUAUCGAUCCAAAUGAACUGUGUUGCACAGAAAUGAGGAGAAUGCAGGAGAUAUGAAGCGUCAUUCUCCAUCUUUCUGCCUCGUCCCAGUUGCUGCUUCCCUUGGACCCCCCCCCCCCCCCAUCCCCCUCCCUGCUUGCCUCUGCCAGGGGGGAUAAUUGUUUCCCCCCCACCCCCAAAAUCCAUCCUCUAUUUCUGCUAAGAACUUUGGGAGUUUAUUUAAUAUUUUUUACUGUACAAAGAAAAAAAACUGUGGACUCAAAUACUGUUUUUUUAAUAAUAAAAAGAAAAUGAUCA